GGAACGAACGCAAAGCUGCUUUGCGGCAGCACGUUGCAGAGGCGAGGGAACGUGCCAGUUUGAUUGUGGCUGAAUACGAGGCACAGCUCGAAACACUCAAGGAUAGAUACGAGACACGCAUAUGCGAAAUUCAAAACGAAAGGAAGCUGGCGGCCGAUGAGGAGGAGGAGACGAGGUAGUUUGAAAAAUCCAUUCGGCUUGAUAAUUACGAUGAUGAGGAAGAGACGAGGUAGUUUGAAAACUCCAUACGGCUUGCUAAUUGCCGAUGCCAUCAUCGAUGAAAAAUCGGAAUCUUCUAAAUAGUGAUUUUUGAACCUCCGAAACCUGAAACAGGUUAGCCUUCGAACGCGCUAUCGAGUGGGAGAAGGUUUUACGGCGACGAGAGAAAGAGCAAGAGUCGCAACAGCAGCAAACGGAGCUCGCGUCAGAAAUGAUCCGAAUGCGGCGCGAGAUCGCAGCAAAGUUAAGGCUUGGUAGUAGUAGUUCAUCUUGAAACGGAAUCUAAUUCAGAGUCAAGAAGGGUAGAAGAAGUGCUUUUAAUAAUAGGAAAGAACUCUAGAGUAGAUGCUGUGCUGCUCCAGAAUUAUGGUGCAACUAGGAAAAGUAGAAGUAUAAGAAAAAGCAUGGACCGUAUAAGCUAAUAGCAUGGACCGUAUAAGAAGAGUAGAAGUAUAAGAAAAAAGACUACCUAUGCGUAUCUCUAACCACAGAGGCCGCCAUAGAACAGUUUAAAGAUAAGAUGCUGGAUGACAUGAGUGCUUUGCAGGAUGAGAUUGAAACACUGAAAAUGGAGGCGAAAGUUGCUGUUGGAGCCACGUGCUGAUCAAUGUUGAUGAUGGUGAGAUAAUGAAUAUUUCUCUAGGGUCGACGUCGAUGUUGAAGCAUUCUUCCUAGAUCCGUGUCUCUAUUCCAAUUCCAAACAGAAAUAGCUACUACUUACGCCUGUUGUGAGGCAGCUGAGUCUAGAAUAUAAA